AAGGCGCCAUUUUUGUUGUGGCUGUUGUCACAAACGUCUUUUAGGUUUCACUGAAAGAAUAAUGAAAACGUACAGCUAUUACAUUUAUAAGAGUCUCGACAUCUGUACACAAGGAGUAACCAAAAUGUCACACGUGAACUAAUGACUGGAUUUUAAUUGUGCUCCUGUAAAUGUGUGGCUGCUGAAAAUAAUUGAAUGAAAGCAACGCAGUUGCCGUGCAGCCGCGGCUGCCGCUGGCGGACGCCGGUGUGGCUGAUGGAGAGAAGCAGAAGGGAAGCGUCGGUAUGUAGGUGUCGGUAGGUGUCGGUAGGUGUUUACGGAGCAGCGCGGGCUGCUCUCCGCCAUCUGGGCAGGAUCAUGUCCCCCAAAGACCCGCUGCUGAGUGCGCUGAAAGUGUGCAUUCUGAGCCUCACGUCAGAGGGAGGCGUGACUGACUCGAACCCUCAGCUGUCCUCCUGCUGCCAGUUACUGGAACUCAUCUUUCGUAAGGGGCUUCAGCAGCCUGUUCUCGCGCUGGUCCACAGGGAUUAUUGGCACUGCCUGGAGCAGCUGCCCCAGCUGGACUCCUGUGGAAGGCUGAGCCCAAUCUCUUUGGCACUGGAACAGACAUCUGCUUGCAAGAAACUGUUGACACCUCAAGGCAAAGGACGCUAUUUCCUGAGGCUGGCCCUGAAGAGGAGGAUCUUAGGAAGUGUAGUUCAGCAUCUUUUACACACAACCAGACUACUGGAGUGGUACAGUCCAACAGUUUCCAUUCUCAGGAAUGAAGAGUUUCUGGAACCUUUCCUGUCCUUGCUAUUGGUUCUUACAGAGAUGGAAUUCAAACUUGAGGUGGAGAACUGCAGCUUUUUGGAUGAGAGCUGGCUCCUGCCGGUGUGCGAGGUGUAUGAGUUAGUACCAUGCCGGGAACUUGGCAUGGUACUCAGGUACCUCGGUGGACGUGUAUUUGUCCUUGACCUUAUAGAGGGCAGCCAGGCACAGGUGGACAGGUUUGUGCUGCCAGGUGACAUCAUUGACGAGAUCAACGGAGUAUCUCUUAGGAACGCCUCCAACGGACAGGCAGGGGUGGUGUUGGCUCGCUUCAAGGGCUCUCCACUGUCUCUGCGGGUGCUGCGCUGGAGGGCAGAUGAUGGGGCAGUUUACCAGCCCGUGGUCAAGCUGCUGCAGGCGCUCAAGCAGGAGAACCCCUCGCUCCAGCUCAUCUCGCGCCCGCAGCAGCAGUGCAGAGGGGCUCUGCACGGAGAACAGUCCCAGUGCUUGAACGAGGGCCGGAUUGUAUACAUUGUGCAGUUAUUGGGAAAAGCCAACAUUGGAAUGUACGGUGGGAAAGAGGUGCUCCAGCAUGGAAUUCCUCUGGUCCUGGAGCAGAAUCAGCCAAGCAAGACGGUGUUGCUGGACUUAAAGGAAACUCAUGUGACGUGUACUGAGAAGUCUACGAAACUAGAACUGUUUCAGCAUCAUUACCCAGAGAUCUCCUGUGUGGGGAGAUACAGCCAACCAGACCACACCAUCUUUGCCUUCUGUGUUGUAGACUGCCCAGAGACCCAUCAGACAGCUGGGUUCUGCUGCAUAGUACUACAAGCCAGUUCCACUCAGGAGUGUGAAGAAAUAGUCAGUCGAAUUGUCACUGGGUUCAAGCACACAGAAUGGUUUGUGUGAGAUGUCAGUCUACCAGCUGUGCCAGCACCAUGGGACUCUCUCCCACUGUAGUUGCCAAGGGUUUCUGCACAAGUCAGUGAUAAGUAGCCAUUUCUUCUUUAGUAAUAUUUCUCACCCUGCAAUUUUUGUAGGACUGAGUUUGAAUGUCACUAUUGUAAUGCAGUUUUCUAUAAAACAAUGUUAGAUUAUACUAUCCUUGUUAAUUCAGUUGCCUUCCACAUUGACAUUAAGUAGCCUGUUGCUAACUUAGUACCAAAUGUAACAAAGGGUAUGUCAUGCUGUGUAUAAGUGCCAAUUAAAGUAAUUUUUACUACAGUAAUUCCUGGUACAGAACUAGUUUUAAAUUGCUUGUGUAAUUUACACAUACAUUGAGUUA